AUGUUCACCAGAUCAUUCCCGGCCAGAUGUACUCCCUCUUCAUCUACUUUGCCCCCAAUAUCCAAAACCUUUGCAGAUGAGCGCCGAAGGAGAGAAAAAUUAAAUGAACUACAUAAGAUAUUGAGGAACUUGGUUCCUAACCGUACUCGCAAGUUUGAUAGGUUGACUGCAGUGGAAGAUGCUAUUGAGUAUAUUAAAGAGCUUGCUCAGAGGGCUAGAGAGCGCAAACCGCUAAUGGAGCAAAGGAGAAGCAAAAGAAAUGUCGUAGGGGAUACUGACGAGGGGCAGGACUAUAACAAGAAGCCUCUUGGUCUUGCCCUUGAUGGGCAUUUCUACAACAAUGGAUCCUUCAUAAACAAUCAGAAGGUGGAUGUUCGUGUUGUCGAUGAUGUAAGUAACCAUCAAACUCUUUCAGAGGAUGAAGAACAUCAGCACCCUGCUUUUUUUGUCCAAGCCUCGAAGGUCCUUUAUGGGCUUCAGUUGGACCUCCAAUAUUUUGCUGGCAAGAAAAUCGGCGAUCGCACCAGCUUGGAGUUCAGAACCGAGUACCCAGACGACGAGCUAAUCAAAGAAGGGGAAAGCACUAAGUACUCUUCCUACCCAAUCGAAACCUCUAAACGGCGUAAAAGAAACCUUUUGGGGGUGGGUGGGUGGGUUUUGGGCUUGGGGGGUACAAAAAGUAAAAAAGUAAACAGGGUCAACUCUCUGUGGGCUGGUGAAAAAGCGAAAAUAGAAAGGAUCAAGCCAAUGAUAAAUCCAGCCAGAGGGCGACAUGAAGGAAAGUAA